UCGUGUACCGAGUCUUGUGACGAUGGGCAGCCUCCGCUAAAUCCGGGCAGUCAUGUUUACAAUACUGUUGACGACCCGAAAUGGAGGCAAAUUCCACCACCUGCCGGUUGGAACCCUGAGCGUAAAAGGAGUGGUGAACGUCUGUCGGGAAGCCCAAGGUCGCCACAUAAUGAUGAUAGAAAUGUUGAUGCGUCAAAUUCAAAACCGUCCCUGUCAUCUUUAAAAGGAAGGUCGGAGGAUAAAAAUACCCCUGUUGCAAAACCUGGUGGCGAUAGGGAACCAACAAAGCCAAAACCUAGCAACAAUGGCUACAAUGUUUCUCCUUCGAUAGUAAAACCUGCUUUGUCAUCUAAGGAAAGGACGAACCCUGCAUCUAGUACCAUAAAACAAUCCGUUGACGACAGUAAGCCGUCGAAGAAUAUACCAAGUGGUCAUGGCAGGAAUGGGCAAGCAGAUGUGAAACAAACGUCGCUAAACCCCAACGGCAAAACUGAGCACCCACCAAGUUCCUUUACAAGACGUGAUGACGUGAAAAAUCCAGCUAAGACUAACGACGGUAAUCAGGCAUUGGCAUCGGACGCUAAAUCAUCUUCAUCGUCUCCUAAAGUUGAAUCGGAUGAUAAAAAUACGCCUGUUCCAAAACCUGAUGGCGAUGCUAACGCGCAAGCUCCAACGUCGGGAAGCCAAGGUAGCAAUAAGAUUCCGGCCUCAGUUUUGAAACCUUUGGUUUCUCCUGGAGGAAAGCCGCAAUCUGAAAGAAGUAAGUUAACUCCUCCUGUAGAUGAUACGGCAGCAACGACGAAUAAACCGAACAAGAGAAGAGUUAGGUUUGAUGAGUCUAUUUUCAGACCGUCUCCAUCGUCUCCUAAAGUUGGGUCGGAAGAUAAAAAUACUCCUGUUGCAAAACCUGGUGGCGAUGCUAACGCGCAAACGCCAAGACCGGGAAGCCAAGGUAGCCGUAAGAUUCCGGCCUCAAUCUUGAAACCAUCUCCAUCUCGAGAUGAACGAGGGAGGGUCCGUACCCCACCCGUAAAACCGCUUGUAGAUGGCACUGCGACUCCCAAGGAAGAGCUAUCUAACAGUGAUGAAACGAAGUUAGGUUCCUCCAACCUUAAAACAGCCCCGUCUUCUCCUAAAGGAAAGGUGAGAUUUGCAACUGAUCCUAUAGAAACUUCUGAGGACGACGAGAAACCGUCCACGGAAAAAUCAGUCGACGACGAGGAUGCGGAAGCGAAGGUGGAAACAACUUCUCCAUCCCCUAAGGAGGCGCGUAAGUUUGCAAGUAGUUCUAUCCGGAAACCUGUCGACGGAAGACCGCCAACCAGAAAAACAAGCAUCCCAGGAAAGCAGGUACCUGGUUCAGGAACGAACAUGUCUGCAGGGUAUCCCAGGGAAAUGUUUGAUUUCGAAUUUAUUCCGAUGGGCAACCUUCACGAUAAAGGAGAUAAAUACUCGCAGCCUCAUGAUGAACGAAGAUUUCAGAUCUUUGAUGUCCGAAAGCUCAUUGAGGAUGACAACAAACUACCACAUAAAACAAUGAAGGUUGGAGAGAACACGCCUACAACAUUCAAUUUGCCUCCGCCAUCUCUUAAUGGUAACAAAGACCGUGGUAUUCUUCCAGUCAUACCUCUUACCGACGCCAAUAUUCCACCAACACCGGGUCAGGAUAAACCUUCGACUCACUACAUACUUGUGCCAAAGGUUGAGGACAACGCACAACAAGCGACCGGCAUGGUCCACAAUAAUCAUGCCCCAAAGCUUUCAGAUGCAGCCACACAAACUUCUCCGUCACUUCCAAAAGAGAAUGGGAAAAUUAUCCCCAUUGACAUCAAAUCAUUCAUCGAAGACACUAAAGCUGCAACGGCAAUGAUGGCCCGCUAUAGUGCACCAAAGAUGGCUGAGAUAGCAACGCAAACAAACAUAUCGCAUCUGGAAGAGGAAGAGAAGGUAAAUCCCUCUCUCGUCGUCCCCAGUGUUGACGAUAAAAAGCCAACAACCUUAAAUACAGACGGUAAGGACAAGGCUGAUACCUCGGAUACGAAGCCAUCGCCUUCGUCAGCAAGGAAUGGCGGAGAGAUGAAGCGGUUUUCUGCCCAACCUCUAGCUGACGGUCUAGACUCUGAUUUGAGGUCUCCGUCGUUCGAAGGGAAUGAAGAGAAUGUUGACAGCUUCCAUCUCCGUAAAGAUGCCAAUGAUAACAAGCCGGCGAAGGAAACUCAACGAUGGCGCGAUAGUUUGUUGUAUCGGAUCUCACAGUCGC